AUGAGCCACAACAGCCCCCCCCCAGACUCAGACUCCGGAACUCACCGACCCCUUGCUAGACUCACAUGGACUGAUUAUCGCUCGACCGGUCUGCAGAUCAAGAUCACAAGCAGACCGACAGGGUCCCGACAGCCCACACCUCCACUCAAGCAGAGACCCGCCCAGGCCCCGAAAGCGCAAUCGGAGGGAGAAGAGCACAGCAUCAACAGUCUGACGCUGGAAGUGGAGCGUCUGAGACAGGAAGUCAGGGAGGAGGAGUCCCGGAGCAGCAGCGGUUUUCACACAGCCCUGGAGGACCUGAAGAAGGAGAGCCAGGCAGCGCUGCAGAGAUCGGCUCAGAAAUCCCAACAGAUCCAAGAACUGCAGACAGACAAGAUCCAGCUGCAAGAAGCUCUGGCACAUCUGCAGACAGACAAGAUCCAGCUGCAAGAAGCUCUGGCACAUCUGGAGACAGAAAGGAUCCAGCAGCAAGAAGCUCUGACACAUCUGGAGACAGAAAGGAUCCAUCAGCAGGAAGCUCUGGCACAUCUGGAGGCAGAAAGGAUCCAGCAGCAAGAAGCUCUGACACAUCUGGAGACAGAAAGGAUCCAGCAGCAAGAAGCUCUGACACAUCUGGAGACAGAAAGGAUCCAUCAGCAGGAAGCUCUGGCACAUCUGGAGGCAGACAAGAUCCAGCAGCAAGAAGCUCUGGCACAUCUGGAGGCAGACAAGAUCCAGCUGCAAGAAGCUCUGACACAUCUGGAGACAGAAAGGAUCCAGCAGCAGGAAGCUCUGACACAAAGUGAGAACAGGUGUGUGGAGCUCAGCGAGGAGUUAGCCAAUCAGAAGGCAGAGUUCCUCGGUCGGCUGGAGAGCCAGAGGGUGGAGCUGGAGUCUCUGAGAGGGAGACUGGAGGAGAUGGAGAGAUCAGAGGAGAGGGAGAAACAAGAGCUGCUUCGAGAUGUGUCUGAGAAGGAGAAACUUCUAGAAGAAUGUCACCUAGAGACGGAGACUCUGAGAAAAGAGCUGGAGCGUCUGAAGGAGAACCUGCAGAGGAGAGAAGAGGGAGAGGAGGAGGAGGAGGAGGAGGAGGAAGAGGAGAAGGAGAACAGGGAGGUGGAGGAGAGGAAGGUGACCGUGGUGGAGGAGCUGAAGGAGGAGAUCCAGAGACUGCAGGAGAGGAAGAGGAGGCAGGAGGAAGAGAAGAAGAGCCGCCAGUUUGACGCUGUAAAGAAAGAGGUGGAGAGACUGAAGGAGGAGAGAGACACACAGAUGGGCUCCAGUGUGGAGCUGAAGGAGGAUAAAUGCUGGGAGAAGGUGGAGGUUUCGUCCAAUCACCAUCGAGCUAACAAGCUGACCGACAAAAACCCCAAAACCUACUGGGAGUCCAACGGCUGCACCGGCUCGCACUUCAUCAACAUCUACAUGCACAAAGGAGUGGUCAUCAGAAAUUUUAACUGGUUAGCGACUCGAAGCAUGCCGGGCGGUAUCGAUACCCGGGUCCACGGUUUCGAGGUUCUGGGUCCGAAGCCGACGUUCUGGCCGGUGUUUAAGGAGCAGCUGUGCUGCCGGACCUUCCUGUUCUACAGCACCAAGGCCCACACCUGGUGCCAGGAGGUGAUGGAGGACCGCACGCAGCUGCUGCAGCUCUUCAACAAACUGAACAGUGCUCUGAGACACGAGCAGAUGUUUGCAGAUCGUUUCCUGCCAGACGCCGAGGCAGCUGAAGCUCUGGGUCGGACCUGCUGGGAGGCUCUGAUCACCCCGAUAGUCCACAGCAUCACACUGUCAGAAUCCUCGGCGCCCAGCCCUCUGUCCUGGCUGCUCAGCGAGUACCUGGACAACGCCGAGUCGGCGCGCCGCUGUAAGAGCCGGGCGGCCAUCUUCAACUCCAGAGUGAGGCGCCUCACGCACCUGCUGGUCCACGUGGACACGAGCCGGCCGGACGCCGAGGAACUCAAACCCCCGGUCAAAUCAAAAGGUCUCAACGGCAGCAAAGAGCUGAAGAACAGUAAAGAUGGUAAAAACAAAGAGACGGCCGCGGCCUCUUCUUCCUCCUCAUCCGGCCAAGCCAAGCCCAAAGUGAAGAGCAGCAGCAGCAUCGCAGGCAUCGCCCUCUGCUGGCAGGGAGUGGUACAGCGCCAGGUGAAGAAGUUUCUGGAGUCGAGCUGCAGCCUGCCAGACUUCGUGGAGCGUUACCGGACUCUGUACCUGCGGCUGAAGAACGCCAUGGAGGAACUGUUCGGGCAGCAGACCGCCUUCGUCCUCGCGCUGCGACACGGCUUCUCUGCCGCGCUGCUGCACCUCUCCAUCCUCAGAGCCAUGCACGUGAGCGAGCGCUUUGCUCAGUACAUCGACCAGAUGGUCCAGGCCAGCGGAGCGGCGUCCGGCAGCAUGGAGACUCUGGAGCGGCUGAAGCAGUUUCUGGAGCCGAUGCUCUUCCUGUCGGGCCUGGAGCUCGCCAGCACCUUCGAACACUUCUACAGGUACUACCUGGGCGACCGUCUGCUGGCCCAGGGGAACGUGUGGUUGGAGAGCGCCGUCAUCGACCACAUCGGCAGCUGCUUCCCGAGUCGCUUCCCUCAGCAGAUGCUGAAGAACCUGAGCGAGUCGGCCGAGCUGCAGCAGGAGUUCCACCUGUACCGCCUGCAGCAGCUAGACCGCUGCCUGCAAGAGCACGACCAGAUGAUGGAGGAGGAGUGGGCCGAGUCGGAGGAGGAGGCUGAGGUCCAGGUUCUGGUUCUGUCUCCCCGCUGCUGGGCCGUGUCCUCGCUCUGCUUCCUGGAAGAACCCGCAAACCACUUCCCAGCUGAGCUCUGCUCCUACCUGAACCAGUUCACCCAGUUCUACACCCACAGUCAGUCCAUGUAUGGUCUGAGUCACUCUAAGCCCCGGCGGCUCCAGUGGACGUGGCUCGGUCACGCCGAGCUGCAGUUUGGCUGCUGGACGCUGCACGUCUCCACGCUGCAGAUGUUCAUCCUGCUGCAGCUCAACAGCCACGAGGAGGUCAGCGUGGACUCUCUGCUGCAGGCGACCGGCCUGUCGGCCGCCGUGCUGCUGCACGCUCUGCUGCCGCUCAUCACCGAGGACGGACCGCUGACCUGCAGCAGCCCAGAGGACCCCAAACAGGGUGUGUUGCGGUUGAACCAGCAGGUGGCGUCCCGCAGCGCGUCCGGCGUGCCGUUGUGCGUCCGGCUGUUGCCUCGCCAGACGUACCUGAACGUUGACGAAGACGCCGCCGGCACGCUGGAGAGGAAGAGGAACUACGUGUACUGUCUGAUCGUCCACAUCAUGAAGCAGGAGAAAGAGAUGCACAUAGACAACCUGGUGUUCAAGGUCCUGGACUCAUGUCAGAAGCAGGAUGCGUCCCGUUCCCCUGGCUCCCCUGGUUCCGGUUCUGGUCCCGGUUCCGGUUCCGGCCGGUUCAGCUGCAGCACCAGCGACGUGCUGUCCUGCAUCAUGCACGUCAUCAGCAAAGGCUGCGUGCGCCGCAACGAGGACAACCCGCACAUCGUGGAGUUCCUCCCCGAGGACCCGUCCACGCCGCAGAAGGGCCAGGCCCAGUUCUCCUUCAGCCGGGCCAGCAGCCGGACCGACGCCGACAGCAGGUGUGACCUUGUGUCAGGGACUCUGAGUCUGGACCUGGACCGGGCCGAGCACCUGCUGGUCCACUGCAGGAAGGUGGACCUGUUGGUGCAGCGCACCGGACACGCAGACGACCUCAUCAUGGCCGCCGGGCUGCCCAGGAACCCCCAGCCCCCCAGCCCCACCCCCCACCUGCCCUCGUGCCUGGGCCCCGGAGGCGCCAUGGAGCCUGUCCCAGCCAGCUGCAUGCACUACUGCUGCCAGUCGUGCUGGCAGGAGUACCUGACGGCGAGGAUCGAACAGAACCUGGUGAUGAACUGUAACUGUCCAAUCACAGACUGCCAGGCUCAGCCCACCUCGCGCUUCUUCCUCAGGAUCCUCACCGACAAGGACACCAUCGCCAAGUAUGAGAGUGCCUUGCUCCGAGGCUACGUGGAGUGCUGCUCCAACCUGACGUGGUGCACCAACCCUCAGGGCUGCGAUCAGAUCCUCUGCAAGGAGAACAUGGGCAGCAUGGGGACCUGCAGCAAGUGCUGCUGGGCCUCGUGCUUCAGCUGCAACUUCCCCGAGGCCCACUACCCAGCCAGCUGCAGCCACAUGUCUCAGUGGAUGGACGAUGGAGGAUAUUAUGAAGGGAUGAACAUGGAGGCUCAGAGCAAACACCUGGCCAAGCUCAUCUCCAAACGCUGCCCCAGCUGCCAGGCUCAGAUCGAGAAGAACGAGGGCUGCCUGCAUAUGACCUGUGCCAAGUGUAACCACGGCUUCUGCUGGCGCUGUCUGAAACCAUGGAAACCAACACACAAAGAUUACUACAACUGCUCCGCCAUGGUGAGCAAAGCAGCGCGGCAGGAAAAGAAGUUCCAGGAUUAUAACGAGCGAUGCACCUUCCACCACCAGGCCAAGGACUUCGCCAUCACCCUGGAGAACAAAGUGGCGUCCAUCAACGAGGCUCUGCAGAUGAAGUCUCUGACCUUCGUCAUCGACGCCUGUAAGGUCCUGGCUCAGGGGCGCAAGGUGCUGGCCUACUCGUGCAUCUACAGCUACUACAACCAGGAGACGGAGAAGAUGGACGUGAUGGAGCAGCAGACGGAGGCUCUGGACCUGCACACCAACGCUCUGCAGAUCCUGCUGGAGGAGACGCUGCUGCAGUGCACGGACCUGGCCUCGUGUGUCCGUCUGCUGAAACCUGAACACCUCAACACCGGACUGGAACUGAUCCGACGCAUCCAGGAACGCCUGCUGGCCAUCCUGCAGCACUCCACCCAGGACUUCAGGGUGGGCUAUCAGUCUAAGAGCGGCCAGGAUCCAGAAUCCACUCAGGCCUGCAACCUGUCCAACAACACCGACACCAACAAAGUGGCGAAGGCGGAGCGUGCGUCGGAGUCCGGAGACUCGGACAACAACAACUACGGCGGCGAGGAAGGCGGCGAGGAGGCCGAGGACGAGGAUGACGAGUACGACGAAGAGUACGUCCCCGAGUGGCACGAAGACUACGACGAAGACGACAUCGAUGAGGACGACUUCUUCUCGGACGACGACGAGUCGGAGAACCUGGAGAGAGACUUCAGCCCCUUCGACUGACGCACGCACACACACACACACACACACACACACACACACACACACAGACACACAGACA